GUUUGUCCCUUGCGGUGAUCCGUCCUAGUGUUUGCCUGCAGCAAGAUGGCGGCGGUCUCAAUGUCAGUGGCGCUGAGGCAAGCGUUGCGGGGGAGAAGGGCAGCGGGUGUAGCUGCCGUUUCCGUUUCCAAGGUUCCGACCAGGUCGCUGAGCACUUCCACAUGGAGGUUGGCACAGGACCAAACUCGAGACACGCAACUCAUAAUGGUUGAUGAAAAAUUGGAUAUUACUGCUUUAACUGGUGUUCCAGAAGAGCAUAUCAAAACUAGAAAAGUCAGGAUCUUUGUUCCUGCUCGCAAUAACAUGCAAUCUGGAGUAAACAACACGAAGAAAUGGAAGAUGGAGUUUGAUACCAGAGAGAGAUGGGAAAAUCCUUUGAUGGGUUGGGCAUCAACGGCUGAUCCGUUGUCCAACAUGGUUCUAACUUUCAGUACUAUAGACGACGCAAUUGCCUUUGCAGAAAAAAAUGAUUAUAUUAUCUUCUGUUCUUCUAAGAACAAGUUUCAAAUAGGAAGUAGAAAAGAUGAGUACAAUUCAUGUAACAUACUCAUUAAGUACAAAUGUUCGAUGUCCUUUCAAGUGCUUUUACUCUUGUAGUUAUCUUGUCUUUUUAAUUAAAGCUACAGCUUGCCCCAGUAGCCUUUAUAUUGCUACAAUAUUACAAAAAAUAAUUUGGGAAAGAUUGUAGUAUGAAGUUUUUAGUGGGACCAGUAAAUUUGUUCAUCCAGGCACUGUAAGGUAAACACGUUUUAGAGGGAUGCUUGGAAAUGUGGUCAGAUUCUUAACAGGGUUC